AUGCCGUCCUCUCCCUCGCGCAGUGUCGACGACGAUCCCGACGUCGAGGCGUACUUACUGAAAGCCAAAGACGCGGCGCUGAAGUCGCUUCGACGCCAGAAGCUCAUCAAAGAGCGCAAGUCGCAGCGACGGAUGCGCCUCGGAGGCGCGACGCUUCAGCCUCUCGACGAGGGAUAUUCCGUAGAAGUCGACGCGACGACGACGACGACGAACGGCGCGCACCGCGGCUCGACGACGACGACGCCGACGGUCGAGCUCGGUGGAACGACGACGACGACGACGCCGGCGGGUCUCAAGAAAAACACGAUGCUGCAGCGCGUGCUGACGCGCGACGCGAGAGACCGCGCGCGCGGCGUCGACGAGACGGAUCCUCACCUGCGCUUCGCGAGCGUUCUUCGCGCGGGCGCGACGCGCGACGACGACGCCGCCGCCGCCGUCGCCGCCGCCGGCGCUCUGGACAUCACGAGCGGCGGCGGCCAGAGCACCGGCCUCGCCGGGAUCACCUCGAUGCUCGUGGACGACCGCGGGUGCAUCGUCUGCGGCCGCGAGGACGGCGUCAUCGUGACGUACCCCCCGCGCGAAGGCGAAGGCGUCGGCGUCGGCGGCGGCGCCGUCGCCGCGGUCGCCGCGGAGCGUCCGAACCGAAAAGUCUCGACGCCUCCCCCGUCGGCGUGGAACGGCGGCGGAGGCGGCGUGAAGCUUCUCAAGACGUUCGUCGCGCGAUCGCCGCCAGAGCACGGCGGCGGCGAGCGGCGGAUCCUCCUCGCCGCGCACGACAACGGGUCGUGGGCGCGAUACGUCCACGGGCGAAGCGGGGGAGACGGCGGCGCGGCCCCCGCCGCGGGUUGGAUCCUCGACGCGGCGGCGCCGGGGCCGCACCCCGAUUUCUGCGACAUCUUCAAGCUGAGACCGACGAGGGAGCGGUCGCGGUGGGCGCCGCGCCGCGCGUGCGUCCCCGCCGCGUGUUUCAGCGAGGACGGCGACGUGCUUUACAUCUCCUCCCCGGUCAUCGGCGAGAGCUGCGUGUAUCGAUGGGAGAUUCCGGCGACGGGAGGCGAGGAGUCUUCGCGGGAGGCGAAAAAGGCGUCGACGACGGGCGCGGCGCCCGCGCCCGCGACGCCGGCGCGCGACGCCGCGCCGCCGCCGCCGCCGGAGGACCCGUCGCGGCCUCGCGAGUCGUGGGAACUCCUGAAGAAGUCCACCUGGGGCGUCGUCACGAGGGUGGACCACCACACCGACAAGGUCAUGGCGAUCGUGAACCAUCCGGCGCGCGGCGGCGUCGUCACCGGAGGAAACGAUAAGCGCAUCGUCGUGUGGAGCGACGAAAAAAACGGCUCUCCGAUGCGCGUCGUUCACGAGACCAUCGCCGCGGGCGCGAUACGCGCGGUCGCGAUCACGAGCGACGGCAGACGGCUGUUCACCGCGGGGUCGGACAGGAACGUCCGGAUGUGGGACCUCCCGGCGACGCCCGCCGCGGACGCGGACGCGGACGCGGACGCCGCCGGAUCUGGAUCCGGAUCCGUCGCCGCCGGGGGGUCGCCCAAAACCAAAACGCCCGGGAUCGUCCUCCUGAAAUCCUUCGCCGGCGGCCACGACGGCUUCGUAACCUCCCUCGCGCUCGUCCCGAACGCGCGCGCGCCGACGCACGUCGUCUCCGGUAGCGAGGGCAUCCCCGGCGGGUGUUACCUCGUCAAAGGCGACGGCGGCGUCAACGUGUGGCGCGUCGUCGACGGCGUCCGCGUGGACGCGGCGACGCGGCAGACGCUGGACAUCACGUCCUGCCACGUCAGCGCGGACGCGGCCGAUCCGGACCGCGCGGUCGGGAUGCUGAGCGCGUCUAAGGACGGCACCGUGGUCGAGUGGGCGUUCGACUGGAAGCGACGCGGACGCGAUGAGGAGAGAGGGCGCGAGAUUAUACGUUGGCGCGGCGGAUUCCUCGGGGAGGGGAAGCGAUGA